AUGGACCAAACAGACAGAACAGAUGCAGAUGGACGUGGAGAUGGCCUGCCUAAUGUUGACCCAGAACCACAGCCCCAAAAUCCUACAGAUGGUCGUGGGGAUGGCCCUGAUGAUAUUGACAAGACGGUGGCCUUCACUGCAAAACUCAUUCCUUGUGAUAAUUAUCCAGCUCACAAUGGUGUCCUUAAAUUUCGCCACAUUCUGGUCAAUAAGCGAGAGGGCUACGACGCAACCACUGGUGUGUUCACAUGCCCCAUGGCUGGCUUCUAUUACUUCACUGUCCACGCUUCUGUUUAUGGCCGCGGGGAGGUCAUCAUUCAGAAGAAUGGCGUUAAAGUGGUCUCUGCUUACCACACUACUCUGCCUAACAGGAUGAGCCAGGUGGCCAGCAUAAGCAGCGUCAUUAAGCUGUCCCUAGGGGAUUGA